GUGGCCCCCGGAGUGGCGCGCCGCUUCGAAGAGGAGCCGAUUCGCUUCGCGCCAUGGCGCCGUCGCGGGCUACGCUCCGAGUUCGGCCCCCGCCGGCGGGUUUCGCCGGUGCGGCGACUGUGGUGACCGCGGUGCUCGUGGCGGCCUGUGCGUUGACCGCGACACUUGUCAGCGGAUACCUGCAGGACGACGAGACACCAGAGGAAGUCCUUGGCCUGGCGGGAGGCGAGGUGUCCCUGCCCUGUGGCACCUCGCAGUUCCCAGGCCUCGCUGCGGACGACGAGCCCAUCCUGGUGUUGUGGUUCCGUGAGGGAUCGGCCACGCCCAUUCUCAGUGCUGAUGCACGUCGAGGUGGCGGACUUGCAAACGCCAAGGUGUGGAAGGACGACGCGUGGGAGGCCCGCUUCACCCUCCGUCCCGUGGGCCUGGUGCUUCCCUCGCUGCGCGCCGACCAGCAAGGGGUGUACGUGUGCCGCGUCGACUUCCGCCAGGCGCAGACGCUCAACCGGCUGGUGCGCCUCACCGUCAUCGUGCCGCCGCGCGCCGUCAUCAUCCGCGACAGCCGGGGAAGGCCGCUCAACGGAAGCGUCACCGCCAUCGACGGCCAGUCGCUGUCGCUGCUCUGCACGGCGCCCGGAGGUCGUCCUCCGGCUACCCUGUCCUGGUGGCGUGAAAGCCGUCGCCUGGAAGACGUGCUCGUGCCGGGCGGCGAUGGCACCGGCGACGCGGCCAGUCAACUCGCCGUGGGGCCCCUCGGUCGCCGAGACCUGCACGCGCAGCUCGUAUGCCGAGCCUCGAACAACAACAUCUCCGAGCCGCUCAGCGCAUCAGUCGUCAUUGACCUCAUACUGGGCCCGACCAGCGUGUCCAUCGUGGGCGCGACGCAUGCGCUCGAAGCCGGUCGCCCGGGCCAGCUGCGCUGCGUGUCCUCUGGUUCGAGGCCUCCGGCGCAGCUCUCGUGGUGGAAGGGGAGCCAGCGAUUGCCCGCCACCACGACCACCACCGAGGCCGGCGGUGCCAUCGACGGGCCGGCGUCCAGCAGCACGCUGACGCUAACCCCGUCGGUGGAGGACGACGGCCGACAAAUAACGUGUCGAGCGUUCAACGAGCGUCUUCCGCAAGCCACCGUCGAGGACGUCGCCACCAUACGGGUCCUCUACAAGCCGCAGCUGGUGGUGAGGCUGGGCAACCGUCUUCGUCAGAGCAGCAUCCUCGAGAACCACGACGUGUACCUCGAGUGCAGCGUGGCCGCCAACCCGCCCGUAAGCGAGAUCAGCUGGCUGUUCGAAGGCCGAGACCUGCAUACAAACACGUCCGCAGGGAUCAUCAUCAGCAACCGCUCACUCGUCCUGCAGAAGGUGGGUCGCAGUGCCCGCGGUCACUACCACUGCGUGGCGGCCAACAGCCUGGGCCAGUCGCGCAGCGAGCCGCUCUUCCUUCGCGUCCAGUUCGCCCCCGUGUGCCACGAGUCACAGAAGCUCAUCUACGGAGCGGCCAGGCACGAGCCGCUGCAGGUGACAUGUGACGUGGACGCGGAUCCUCCGGAAGUCACCUUCCACUGGCAUCUAAACCAUUCCAUGGAGACCGCGAUACCACACAGCAUGCAGGGUGCCACGCGUUCGGUGGCGACGUUCAUCGCUCGUUCGGAGGCUGACUACGGGGCGCUGAGCUGCGAGGCGCGCAACUCCGUGGGACCCCAGCGGAGGCCCUGCCUGUUCAGCGUCGUGCCAGCCGGCCCACCUGAGCCGCCCGGUCUCUGCGCACUCGCAAACCAGACUGAGGAGGCGUUCCAGGUCCGCUGUAUCGAGGGCCACCACGGGGGCCUUCCUCAACAUUUCGUCCUCGAGAUCCACGACAGCGGCGGCCGAUUCCGUGGAAACGUGACCUCUCCCAUGCCAUAUUUCGAGGUGUCGGACCUCCCGUCUGGCAGCGAGUUCGUGCUGGUGGUUUACGCAGCCAAUGGAAAGGGCCGCAGUCCGCCGGUGCUACUCACGGCGGCCACGCUGCCGGCUGCUGCCGAAAGUCUUCUGCACCAAGGACCCGAUGCCUCGUGGCAGAUCAAGUUCAGCCCCGUGCUGGCAGUGCUGAUGGCACUGGUACUGGGCUUCGCGCUACUCGCCUUCGUGGUGGUGGCUGCCGUGCGCCUUUGGAGCAGGCACAGCUUCCACAAAGACGCUAAUGGUGCUUCACGCCCCGGAGGUUUGAAUGUUGGUGCGCUUUGGCUUGCAGGGAGCAAGAUGCCCAGUCCGGAGGAAAGGCCCUGGAUACCUCCGGCACCUGAUGUGGUUGACAGAAUACAGGUUUCGCCCAAAAAUGAGACCACGGAAAUGGACACGUUCGUGUCGGCCAAGGGGCUGUGCAUGGCGACGCUAGACCAGGACCAGAGCGUCAUCAACACCUUCAUGCAGCGGUGAUCUACGACCGGGCCGCGCCGCGAGCGCCCCACUCACUCACCUGUACAGCAGAGGCGCUCGCGACCGGCUGCAUUCCUCGUGCGGAAGCACGCCGUCAUCGCCAGGCAAUGUUCACACUGCCUCAUUUCGUCGCGGGAAUGUCUCAACAAUUGUGGUGCUGUUUUUAGUGUACGAGACAGCGUGUGACUGUGCGCACGAGGACGUUCGCAAAAUGGACGAGACGAAGACGGCGCUACGAAAACGUCGUCGUGGACUCACGCGCGUGGUGUGACUUCGCAGGAACACAAACACACUUACAGGUCACUCGAGAUCUGGAAAGGCUCACCUUGUACAUGUUUCGCGUCGACAUACCAGCCGGCUUGUGCUCCGUGGUCGGUGUCUUGGAACAGUGAAUGCAGUACUUUGGAAUGUUUCGGUUGUGUAGCGACCGUGUCCUUCUGCCGGCCGGAGCGAAUUGUUUCACGCGUCAUCGCUCUGUCGUAAACGCGAAGGGAUGGUAUGGCGUUUCUCACGAAGUGUGUUCUUCCCCUAAAAUGGCUAUAAGGUCUGUGCUUGGGGGAACUUCCAGCCGCCUAGUGAAGUGUUAGUCGAAUUAAAGAACGGACACAGAAAUACGCUUUGGCGCUUCUGUGGUGCUGCGAAAGUUUCUUGAUAAAGACACUGAAAUUUUGGAUCUAUCAGGGACGUGUUUCCGUUUUCGGACCUGUCUCCCGUUGGCUUGGUUCUUCUCGAUAGUUUCCUGAAAAUGUCAGAGAUUAAAUGGAAGAUGCGCCUUGUAAUUUGCGAAAUGCGGCUAUGAUUGUUUCUGGGAGGUGUUUAUUGGAUGCGUGCAAGAAAAGUUACUUCUAAAGUCAAACUUGAACUACACGAUUGCUCACAUUUAUAGUGUAGUUCCGAAAAAUGUAUAUUAAAUUGUUGACUGGCAGAAGAGCCUUGUUCUGACAACAAUUUGAAUUUGCUUGGGGGAAAGGCCAUGUGGGGUGUAUUUAUAACGUCUAUAAACAUCUUGAUGAGUUCGAUUCUGGGGGCAUAAUGUGUGUUGUUGCGUAAAUCUGUUCAAGCUAUUAUUCUCGAUAAAAUUGAGCUCUUUGAGCUUGAUUGAUGUGAUUGCAGGACAUGUAUACUUCCAUAACUCGGUCCAAAAAUAACACAAAGUGGCUAAACAAGUUAUAAAAGACUUUGUCAAACAGGUAAGUGUUUUUGUCUGUGUAAUUUGCAAAUUUCUGUGGUAGAGAUUGAAAGAACACGCUUUAAAUGUUUUGCCACUUUUUGACAUCAAGUUGCUCGCGUUAUCGCGAUGCAAGUAUUGUCCAUUUUCGGGGUUCCGUGUGUAGUAUUGCGCUGUUAGUGCUCGAACUGGUGCUUUCUGAAUUGUUGUUGGUUGUGUUGUUCAUGUUUGAACGCUCGUUUAAAUAAAAGCAGCAGGCUCCUUGAAACAAGCCAUGGCAUAGGCCACGUGUUCGCAAUAACAGAAAGCAUCUAACUAGCGUUUUGCAAAGGCUACAAGCCUGUUAAUUUACGAAAGUUUGGUCGUUAUGCUCACGGAGGUUGUUUGGAUGGUUACACAAGUAAUGGAACAUUGACGUGCGCACGUGCGGCAAUGAAACAGUGACUAAGUGUUUUUAGCGCCUUUGCAACGUAGCAUGACCUGUAGCGAAAUAAUUCAAAGGGCCUGCCUAUGAUGGUUUUUUCAUUCAAGGGAAAUAAAUGCCUCGCUGAAAUACUGCGGUUAUUUGCCAGUCAUCUAAAGAUUCAAAAUUGAAGUCUUAAGUCGUGCGAUGGCUGUAUUUCGAUCAGUAGCCGUUUGGAUUUCACUGCAAAAGAUGACUGAGGUUUACAGAAGUGUAAAUAAUGUGAAUAAAAGGAUCAUGAAAACCCGGAAACGGUGUGCUAAUCAAUUGGGUGCAAAAACUAGAGACGCCUGAAUUCCUGCUGAAGUCUCGCCUUAGGGCAGGGUACCUAGAUGGCAUAAAUGUUUUCAAUUAUUGCUUAAAUGUAAACUAAAAUUAUCAGCACGUGCAAC